ACUCCGCGGCACUGGGUGGCGCCGUUGAUCUAGUGUCCAUAUUUCUGAAUGAAGGUACUUUGGCCGGUGAAUCUUUCCUACGAGCGUUUCUCCUCCUUCCUUCUCGGGAGAGUUUUAGGAGGCACCUGCAGCUGCAGCUCCUGUUCUGAUUUCAGGUUUACAGAAUGGACCGCCCACUGUCUCCUCGAGAGUCUGGUCAGUUCGUGGCAGAGCGGAGCAGAGAUGUGUCUGUGGAUGAGGAGGGGGUGAGGAGAGUAGCGGAGAUGCUCUACGGGCUGAAGGACAGCGAGGAGUUCACGGCCAGCGGCUGGAAGAAGAUGAACCCCCUCGCUCCCUCUCCGGACUCAGACGAGGCUAUUAACUGGGUGUUCGUGACAGACACCAUGAACUUCUCCUUCUGGCCGGACAGAGAAGACCAGCAGUGUGAGGUCAUCUACAAAGGAAACACCUACCGUGGAUACAUGUCUCUGUGUGCAGCCGUCACCAGGGCUGUGGACGAGGGUGUGCCUAUCACAGACCCCGCCUUCUUCUCCCAGAUCAGCGAGGCGGAGCUGGAGCGUGUCCUUCGGUCAGACAGUGCCACGCCCAUGCCCAUGCUGAAGGAGCGUCACCAGGCCCUCACUGAGGCAGGGCGAGUGCUCAUGCAGCACGGCGGAUCCUUCCGGUACUUCAUGAGUCACGGACAGAACGAUGCGGAGAAGAUGGUGCAGUACGUUGUGGAUAAUAUACCAUCAUACAGGGAUGAAGCCACCUUUGAGGGCCAGAAGAUUUCCUUCUAUAAGCGGGCUCAGAUCCUGGUAGCUGAUUUCUGGGGGAUCAUGGAGGCCAGAGGGGAGGGGAACAUACCCAAUCUGGACUACCUCACCAUGUUCGCAGACUACAGGGUACCACAGGCCCUUGUCUACCUGGGGGCACUGCGCUACUCAGAUGCACUUAUGGAGGCAUUGAAAAAGGGUGAGCUGCUGAGUUCUGGUGAGAGGCGAGAAGUAGAAAUCCGAGGCUGCUCUAUCUGGUGUGUGGAGAGCAUUAAGAACGUCCUGUGGAAACUCGUACAGGAGAGAGAUGGACAGAGCUGUAACAUCAACUCAGCCCUCAUCGACUUCUACCUGUGGCCUUACGCGAAACAGCAUCACAAGGAAAUGGCUCAUAUCCCCAUUCAUCAUACUCGCUGCAUCUACUAUUGACAACAAGGUCACACAUGUUGACAGGAUCAGUCACUAACUACUUGAGACGAGGGCUGGUAAUCAUUCUGGGGACCAUGGCAACUGGGCACCCCGAAAAGGUUUAUUGGGCCCUUUAGAUGCUCUACAGAUACUGUCAUAGUUGUACACCCAUGACUCACAAAAAAGAUCUAAUGUGUAUCUCACAGACUGCCCUGAUGUCUGUUUAUCCCUCUUUUUCAUUAUGCAUCUCACCCAUGGUAACUAUGGUAACGGAUCCUUCUGCAAUAUGAUAUAUGCAUUAAUUUCCAAAUCAUUCCGUUCAAAUUGUAGAUCUAAGUAUAUAUGUUGUACAGGAAAGUUUCUCAGGAAUCUUUGUAACCUUUUUUAGGUAAUUCUCAUGAAACUGCCUCAAAACAUGUCCAUAAACAUUUCAUAAGAAUCAUGCAGAUAAACAGUAUUUCUAUCAUUUAGAUCAUUCAGAGCUCUACCUAUACAGCAAAACAUGUUAGUUCAUUUUUGUAUUUUAAAGUUUUUGGCCUUUAUUCUCAUCAACGCAUUGUGUCCACGUGUGUUUCUCAUUAGUGAUAUUUAUCGCUUCACUUUUUUAUGAGAAGAGUUCACAUCACUUUGAAUCUUUAUCUUAACAUUUCUUUGUAAACUAAAAGGAUGUGACGCAACACAACCAAAUGUUGUCCUGUGGCUGUCAAUGUGUAUGCUAAUGUAAUAAAAUCGCAAAAAAUUUUA